AUGGCGGCAAUAUUUGGAGCUCAAGAAGUUAAAGUGACUAUCGCUUUUGAUGGACACCUGCGACAUAAAGGAAGACUCUUGAAACUCCCUGUAUUGUUCUCUGGCAGAUCGUUUACAAUUAACCGCAAAGGCAAUAAUACAAUGUUUGUUUGUGUCUGGGGAUAUCCUCAGAUUUACGAGAUUCAGAAGUUCAAAGUUGGAAUUGAGUAUGAAAAUUCCUUGCCCAUGACCGGAGGCUCAGACAGAUAUCGACACAAGAACAAUUAUGAUCCGUUCUUCGUCACUGUCACUGCGAAUGUUAAAACAGGCUACGUGCUAUCCUACUUGGAUGUAACAUCCACAGUGGGUGAAGGAGGAGAAGUCAGCUUUUCAGUAAUCAGAGGUACUACUGGCCACAAGUCUAUCGUCUUCCAGCUGAUCUCCAAUCACAGUGACUUCUUAUCCUACUCCUAUUUAGCGUAUGGGAUACGAGAGGAAGAAUAUAAGAAGAUAAACAACAUCAUAUCGCUGCCA